AUGGGCCUCCAGCCGAGCACCGACGAGCUCAUAAACACCAUCCCGUUCCUGGACACCGUGGCCGGGGAGGCGUUGUCGAUGUUGUGUGUCUCUGUGCUGCAGACAGUGCUGGUCAGUGCUGGUCAAUGUGACUCGGUGUUUAAAGGUUUCUCCGACUGUCUGCUUCAGUUGGGAGAAAACAUGGCGAACUAUCCCCAAGACCUGGACGACAGGGAGAACCUGCACAAGAUCUGCACUUACUGGGAUAACUUCCACUCCUGUGCCAUGACGGCUCUCGCUGACUGCCAGGAGGGAGCGACGGACCUUUGGGAGAAACUGAAAAAAGAGUCUCGCAACCUGGAUUUCCGUGGGAGUCUGUUUGAACUGUGUGGCGGCAGCAACGGGGCCCCCGGGUGGAGCGACGCCAGGGGCCCCCCCCACCGCCGCCGCCUCGCCAUGCUCCUCACCACACUGCCCACCAUACUGACUUGGCUGGCGUUUUAACAAGAAAGGAGAAAAAAAAAGGAAAAGAAAAGAAGAGAAGAAGAAGAAAAAAAAAAAAGAAAGAAUGAAAGGAAAAAAAAAUAAUUACACACAAAUGGGACAUAAAAAAAAAAUAGUACAACAAGCUUCUCUUCAAUACUGAAAAUAGUUUGAAUC